AUGCCGCCGAAGAAACAAAAAGAAAAGCCCGAGAAAAGGCCAGAAGAACUAGUCCGUGAACUGACACACACGCUUGGCAUGAUGCAGGCCAAAUUGGACACCGUGUCAUUGCGCGAACUUGUGAAUACUAGCGUGCGGAAAAAGAUGACUGAUGAAAAUAUUCAAGCCUCUAGGCGAGUAGCCGAAAUGCGGGAAAAUCUGGAAAUGAAUAAAGUGGAGUCGAAGCUAGCAACCUCCUGCGUAAACACUCAGUACAAGCUUCUACAACGCCUCUUCAUUCUGCGAGUCAGGGAGUCUCGAGAAAUUAUCACACGUUUGAAAAAGGAGCAUUCGGAGGUUAAAGCCCUACUCGAAUUCCAGAUUGCUUCAAAAGACCAAGAAUUGGCGGAAAAAAAUGCCACUAUUGAUAAGCUUGAGAAGCACCUAAACUCACUGCAUUUUCAGCUAGAACGUGUUGUCCUAGAAAUGGUAGAUAAAAUGGAGAAGGGAUUGGAGGCAGAUAGGAGCACGUGGGAAGACGAUGCGGACUACUUCUACACCCAUUCUAAAAAUAUUAUGAAGAAAUUGGGCUACGGAAGGGAAUUUCUUUGA